GCGCAUGGAGCGGCUGUCGUCGCGCGUGGUGCGCGUGCUGGGCUGCAACCCGGGCCCCCUAACGCUGCAGGGCACCAACACCUACCUGGUGGGCACCGGGCCGAGAAGGAUCCUUAUUGACACUGGGGAGCCAGCUGUUCCUGAAUAUAUUGGCUGUUUAAAGCAGGCACUGGCAGAAUUCAACAUCUCAAUUCAAGAAAUUUUAGUGACUCACUGGCAUCCUGAUCAUAGUGGUGGAAUACCUGCUAUCUGCAAAACCAUCCCAAGUGACACCAAAUAUCGCAUCAGUAAACUUCCCCGUGUCCCCCAUCGUGAAGAAGUAAUAGGAGAAGGUGAACAUGAGUAUUCAUAUCUUAAAGACGGAGAUGUCUUACAGACAGAGGGAGCCACACUCAGGGUUUUAUAUACGCCUGGGCACACUGAUGAUCAUAUGUCUUUACAUCUAGAAGAAGAAAAUGCUUUAUUUUCUGGUGACUGUAUUUUAGGAGAAGGAACAACAAUAAUUGAAGACCUUUUUGAGUACAUGAAAACUUUGCAAAGGUUAUUACAAAUGAAACCAGACUUAAUUUAUCCAGGUCAUGGACCAGUGGUACGUGAUGCAAACGCUAGGAUCCAAGGAUACAUUACUCACCGAAAUGCACGUGAACAGCAAAUUCUAAGCGUUUUGCAGAAGAAUGCUGGAAAAUCAUAUACAUCCUCGGAGCUUGUGAAGAUAGUAUACCAGGACAUUCCUGAGAAUUUACUGAAAGCAGCAGAAAAGAAUCUCGUAGUCCAUCUAAAGAAGUUGGAAAAAGAAGGAAAAGUGUCCGAGCCCCCUGCCCCGUGUUGGCGUCGCGUUUAUAGUGCCCGCCUCGCGGCCCGCGUUGGGGCGGUGUGCGCAGCUCCGGGAGCCGCCGAGGGCCGCCCCAGUGCUCCCGUUCAUGCUCUGAGGGCUCCCGCAGGGGCGUCGCAGGAGGCCCGGGCGGCUCAAGAGACUCAGGCCAACUGGUUUGAUUAUGUCGGAUUGUACGGAGGGAACACAGUACACCCGGAGAAAGCCUAG